ACGAGGAUCCUCCGCCGACAGACAGACAGCGCUCCCUCCUGUCUUAGACGUGUUAAAUAUAGAAGUUACUUUUUUGACAUUUCGUUGAAGUUCACCUCAGAAGGAAGACAGUUGAGCUGGACUGCGUGUGUGCUUCUCUUUAUCUUGCAGGAAGUGUCUUCAAGUAAGGAGAAAAGUACCCUGAAAUCAUGUAUCAGAGUGUGCCGAACACAGUGCGGAUGAGAGAGGAGGAACAUGAUGAUCGUCGACUGCUGCUGAUCGGCAAAACUGGACUUGGAAAAAGCUCAACAGGAAACACCAUCUUUAAUGCUUCUGUGUUUCAGUCAAAAAUGAGUUCUUCAUCAGUGACCAGACGAUGUCAAACACACACUGAUACUGUUAAUAACAGAAGAGUGACAGUUACUGAUACUCCAGACUUUAAGUUCUCCACUGAUAGAGACUUUGAUUCAGACUCUGAACUGAAGAGAGCUCUUGAAUCAUCUUCUCCAGGUGUUCAUGCAAUCUUGCUUUUCCUUCCUUUAAACACUUUCACUAAACAGGAGAAGGAGUUUGUGGAGUGGUUUGAACAGAUGUUUGGUGUAGAAGUGUUCAGAUAUACUAUAGUCCUCUUUACUCAUGCAGAUAAAACACACAGAGCAGUAAGAGAACUGAUCAGAGGAAAUAAUGAAGUGUCUAAUCUUGUUAAUCGUUGUGGUGGAGGAUAUUGUACAAUGAACAAUAAAGAUCCAUCAAACAGAAGGCAGGUGACUGAACUCCUGGAGAAGAUCGACAGAAUGGUGUCUAAUAACACAAACACCUGCUACAGUCUGAAGAAGCUGCUGAGAACUGAGAGAAGAGUUGAAGAAGAGAAGAGACGGAUCUUAGAGGAACCAAGAAGAGAGAAGGAGAGGAUAGAGAGAGAACAUCAACGGGAAUUAGAGAGAGUCAGGAGAGAGACAGAGAUUCGUGUGAGGACAGAAUAUGCGCAGAGAUCAAAAGAACUAGAAGAAGUUCAUAAAGUCACAGAAACUGGCAAUGGAUGCAAACGGUUUUCUCAAAAGUAUCGCCUCUUUAUUAUACUUGCCGCAGUUUUUGGUGGACUGGCUGUUUUAGUAAUUGCCAUUGUACUGAGUGUUUCUUUCCAAAGGCAGCCCUAAAAGUAUGUGUUGUGAUAUGAUUGUGGUGUAGCCUCUGUGCUGCUCAAUUCGCAAGAGAAUUAUUUUAAUAUCUUAAAUCAAUAUUUUUCUUUUUAGUGAAAGCCAGCAGCACACUAGCAGAUUUGUAUUUAUUUUUUAUAGUUGCAGAUUUUCAGGUGUGAGUGUAACUGGCCCUGCUUGACACGCUCUGAGCUGUAAUCGAAUUGGCGUGGGAGGUGGGCACUUACGAAGAGGCUAAAGGCUACAUCCUCUAGUGUCAGUAGCUAGUGCCCUCUUCAGGCCAUAGGAGUGAGGUUAUCACACACUGCACAGCACGUACCAACUGGCUCCCAUUACCUGGGCUUUAUGUACAUGGUUGCUGGCCAGUAGGUGUACAUCGAGCUGCGCAUUAGCAUCCGCCAGCAGGAGGUUGUUAAUCCCUCGUCCAUCGUGAGUUAGUGGCUUCAAAAAUUCCUGAGCAACAUCUGGUUUGUUUGAUAUUAUCAAAGUAUUUACUUUUAUUAAGAAGGAAACCGAUGGAGUGCGUACUCCAGGUAGGGAAGGAGGUAUUGCCCCAAGUGAAGGAGUUCAAGUACCUCGGGGUCUUGUUCACGAGUGAGGGGACAAUGGAGCGGGAGGUUGGCCGGAGAAUCGGGGGCAGCGGGGGCGGUAUUGCACUCGCUCUAUCGCACCGUUGUCACGAAAAGAGAGCUGAGCCGGAAGGCAAAGCUCUCGAUCUACCGGUCCAUUUUCGUUCCUACCCUCAUCUAUGGUCAUGAAGGCUGGAUCAUGACCGAAAGAACUAGGUUGCGAGUACAAGCGGCCGAAAUGGGCUUCCUCAGAAGGGUGGAGGGCUUCUCCCUUAGAGAUAGGGUGAGGAGCUCAGUCAUCCGUGAGGAGCUCAGAGUAGAGCCGCUGCUCCUUUGCGUCGAAAGGAGUCAGUUGAGGUGGUUUGGGCAUCUGGUAAGGAUGCCCCCUGGCCGCCUCCCUAGGGAGGUGUUUCAGGCACGUCCAGCUGGGAGGAGGCCUCGGGGAAGACCCAGGAUUAGGUGGAGAGAUUACAUCUCCACACUGGCCUGGAAAAGCCUCGGGGUCCCCCAGUCAGAGCUGGUUAAUGUGGCUCGGAUAGGGAAGUUUGGGGCCCCCUGCUGGAGCUGCUGCCCCUGAGACCCGAAUUCAGAUAAGCGGUUGAAGAUGGAUGGAUGGAUGGAUUUUAGUAAGAUGUAUACAAGUGCAGCUUGUGUCAUACCUCUGACUGAUGAGAACAAGAUCUCUGCAAAACUGCAAGUGUGACAGCCUUAACCAAAAGAGCAUGAUUUAGUCUGUUAGUGUGAUGCUGGCUUUAAUAGACUUAAUGUUCCACUAACUGUAAUCUUUGUUUGUGAUCUGAAUGUCAACAAAUGUGAUCAAUGAAUUCAAUGAAAACUGAACAGAUUUCAGAUGUAAUUUAGGUUUGCUGUAGCUUCUCGAAAAUAUAUUUGGUGUUAUUAAUUAAAUUGAUCCUAUAUUUAAAUAAAUGAAUAUUAAAUACUAGUUUAUUUUCCUUAUAUAAUGGAUUUCGGCUUCUUUGAACUAUAACUAUAAAAUAUAACUAAUUACAUCAUAUGUACUAAUAUGUGCUCCAGGAUCCAUUUCUUCAUGAUAGUGAUGGGAAGAUGGGAUUAUUUUACUGACUUGGAUCUUUGAAUCUCGUUCAUUAAAAUGAAUGAAUCUGUAUUCAAUAAUUUCGUUCAAUAGUCACGUGACAGCUGCAUAGCUCUACAGGAAACAAAAUUGAUUAGUUCACCUCCUGAGUCCCGUAUGAGUCUUUCGUUCACCUGUCACAUGACCACUACUAUGUGUCAUUCGUAUAGAAGACAAAAUGAUUCCUGCAUGAGUGACAAUUAUGUUUUCUCUGUCUCUUUGCAGCUUAUAGUUCAGUGUGCAGAUGUAUGUAUCAUGAUUAAUACAUG